AUGUUGCUGGAUGCUGUCAGCGACGUCGUCGCCAGAAAGGACCACAGACAAGAGUGGACCAAGCGUAUCUCCCAGCUGGGCACGCAGAAGUUGUGGCGAGAUGCCUGCCAGGCCCUGGCAGCCAUGCGUCGCGAGGAGCUGCAGCCCAGCAUCGUCUCGCACAACGCCGUGCUCAACGUCGUGGUGCGCGCCCAUCAGUGGGCCCAGGGCCUCAGUGAUCUCCAAGCGGAAGGCUUGCAGCAGGACGAGGUGUCGGGCGGCGUGGCUGUAAGAGCUGCUGCGGCUGAUGGGGGCCAAUGGGCUGCUGCUGAGGUCACGUUGGAGACCCUGCGGCGUCGAGAGUUGGAGGGCACGGUGGUGUCCUUCGGGGCAGCCAUCAGUGCCGCUGAGAAGGGCCAGGCAUGGGAGCAGGCUCAUGAGUUGCACGACAAGCUGCUUCGCGAAGGCCUAAGCACCAGCACCGUAGCGGUCAACGCUGCCAUCAGCGCCAGCAAGACUGUAGACUGGAGGAAAGCCGUGGCCUUCUUGGAGCAGCUGCUGCGCAUGCGCUUGGAGCCGACUGUGGUGACUUAUGCUGCAGCAAUCUCCUGCUGUGAAAAGUCCCGGUGCUGGGAGACGGCCCUGAGGCUGUUCAGCGAGAUCAGUGACAUGGAGAUUCGGCCAAACAUCAUUGCUUGCAACGCGGCCAUCAGCGCUUGCGAGAAGGCCGGCCAGUGGACCUGGGCGCUGCAUUUGCAGGAGCAUGCAGAGCACUGGACUUUGAACCCAAACGUCGUGACCUACGCUGCGAGCACCAGCGCCUGUGAGAAAGCAGCUGAAUGGGAGCCGGCAGUGUUGCUGCUGCGUGCGGCCCGACGCAGACUCCUCGAGCUGAACGUCAUCGCGUGCAACGCCUUCCUUGGAGCCUGCCAGAAUGCGUGGCAGUGGCAAAGGUCCCUAGCUGCUCUUGCAGCCAUGGCCGGCCAGUGUGAUGUCGUGUCCGUCACAGCCGCUGUCACAGCUUGUGGCGAUGCGUCCGCAUGGCAACAUGCCACCGGCCUCAUGGUGGAUGUGGAUGCCCACCGCCUCCACCCCGACUUCUCCUUGCUCAGCGCUGCCAUGUCAGCUUUCGCGGAAGGGGCGACCUCCGCCCAAGGAGGAUGGUUGCGGGCCCUGGAGAUCCAGGGCGCUUUGCCGCCGCUGCGGCUCCGGCCCGGGCUCGCGUCCUUCAACUCCGUGCUUCGGGCCUGCCAGCGCGACAGUGCCUGGCGCGGCGGCGUUGCUGCGCUCUGUGAAAUGGCACGCUUCCAGCUGUCACCGGACGAGGUGGGCUGCGCCGCAGCCCUCCGAGGCUGCCAAAAUGCCGAGGCUUGGGCGCCACUGCGCAGGUUGCUUGAUGACAUCUCGGCCGGCCUGCUCCGUGAAGCUGCAGACAUGCAAAAGCGUCUCGGAUCCUGGUAUAGGACGGUGGAGAAGCAGCAAGAGAGACUCAAGAAAGCAAAGGAGGAGCCCGGACGAGAGAAGCUGGCUCAUAACGCGCGGCAGCAGUGGCGCGAAGCUGCAGUCAAGCUUGAAGUUGGCAACCAAGCGAGCCAAGAAGCAGAUGCUCGCCUGAAGAACGUCGACAUCUGCUUCGUGUUCGACAUGACGGCUUCAAUGGAGUGGUGGCUGAAGACGGCCGCAGAAAAGAUGGAAGAGAUCGUGCUCGACACCAUGGAGCGUUUGGGGCAGGACGCGCACGUGCGCGUGGCCUUUGUCGGCUACAAGGACUAUGAGGAGGAGAAUCAUCCCGUGGUUCACCCCUUUACCAGCGAUGUCACCAAGAUCAAGGCCUUCUUGCGCACGCUCGAGGCAGAGGGCGGGGGCGAUCAGUGCGAGGACAUCCUCACUGGCUUGCAAGCCGCGCUUGAACUCGCAUGGUGCUCCACCUCGAAGGUCCUGUAUUUGUUAAGUCAAACGCCCAAUCAUGGCUGGCGGUUUCACACCUCAUUUCAUGUGUCCACGAGCCGGAGUGCCAUCGAAGAGGCCGUGGCAGCCUGUCAGGGCGUGCCUCCGGCGAAGCGGAAACUGUUAGCCGACAAAGUGGCCACAAAGUGCUAUGAUCUUCAUGGUGAGGACCCGCGGCAGUGGCAAGCGAUGGACGCAGCACUUGCUGAGUUUCAGAAGCAGGGCAUACAGAUGGUCUUCCUUAAAGUUAAAGACGACUCCAUACUGGACAAGAUGGUGCACGUGUUCCGCCACCAGUAUCAGAAGGAUGUGGCGGACCCAUGGCUUCUGAAGGUGGUUGCCUUGGACCGUGAUGUCAAGCUCUUCCGAAAUGUCGUCACCAGCAUGGCUUCGGCGAGCUUCAGCGCCUCCCUUUCCCGGAUGAGCAGGUCAGGCGCACAGCCUCACGCGCGGCUGCCGCUGUCAGACUGGUCUAGCAGCGGAAAGUGGACGCAUGUGCAAGCGCAGCUGAUCUCUUACGAGGUCGAAGACUUGGAUAGUCCAGCAAAGAAGCUUUCUCGAGACUGCAAGGUGGCAAUCUGCCCCACUCCCUUCGGGAAAGGGGCCAUGCGAUUUGCCUUUUAUGUCGUUGACGAAGACCAUCAGAGCUGUCUCGUCGGCAAGGUCUACCAGUUCGACGACGAAGCGUAUCAAAGCAAGUCCACGUAUGAAGGGGACAUGAUGUCGCAGGCCGUGGCGCAGUUCCUGGCGAGGGAAUUCAGCCUGGAGUACCCCGAGAUGCCGAUAGAGUUUGUGCAAGCUCAACUGCUGGUGCUUGAGAGUGCUACCACAGAGUUCCCCUUCAAGUUCAUGGCUCUGGAGCCUUGGAUUCCCGGAAGGUACGAGAAGUUCACAUCCAAUGCCGGGCACAUCACGGCGGACUCGGACCUUGCACAGGCGUUCUCCCAUUACACGUUUCAGAAGAGCGAUGGGGAGAUUUUGGUCAGCGACAUCCAGGGGGUGCAAACCACCCUCACGGAUCCGCAAAUUCAUUCCGAGGAUGUCGUUUUGGCCGAGGGAAUCUCAGGACCAAGGGAAUGGACAUGUUCUUUGCCAACCACGUCUGCAGCGACAUCUGCCGAACGCUGCAACUCAAGGUUCACCCUUUCCAGCCUGGGGGCCCAAGCAUGCCCUCAGAAAUGCAGAGGGGGCUCGCAACUCUUCCGGAGGAUGACGCAGCAUCUGGGGCCCCUGAGGAACCUGAUCCACACGCCCUGA